UUCCGCUCGGCGGGGCUCAGAACAUUCCAGGAACUUCGGGACGCGUCCAUCGGGGCUCGGGCGGCCGCAGGCGGGCUUUGGGCAGAGGCGCCGCGCGCCGCCUGGUGGCCCCCGCGGGGAUCGCAGGCGGGAGCUGGGCCGGGAGGCCACUCGCCCGGCGCACCCAUUUUAUAAAGGAGGAAACUGAGGCAGAAGAGGAUCUGGGUUGGGCCCUGGCGGCAUGAAGUGAGAGAUCCUGCCUUUUGCUGCACGUCCAUCCACAGUGCCCGGUGAAAACUUGGGACGUCCCAGCAGAAGAGGUGCCAGGGACAGCGCGGGGUCCGGGCCGGGCGUCUCCACUGUCCCCCAUCCGGGGGCCGCCGCUCCGGGCCGGUUUCAGGCCCCAGAAGAACCUUGGGAUGGACGAGGAGCGAGGGCUGCAGCCCUCCGGGCCACCCACGAAGAAGAAAUUCUUCAUACCAUUGGACGACGAUGAGGCCCCUCCUGCAGGGCUCAAGCCCUUGUUCAAGUCCUCCCGGAGCCUUCCCACCACGGAGACCUCACCCCAGGCAGGCCCUCAGACCUACGCCGAGUAUGCCAUCUCGGGACCUCCAGGAGGGGCUGGGGCUCCGCACCCCAGGGAGCCAGAAGCCCUGGCAGCAGAGCCCCCCCACCAGGCCCCCAAACCAGGGACGAAGUCCAACAGCAUCAUUGUGAGCCCGCGGCAGAGGGGCAACCCCGUGCUAAAGUUUGUGCGUAACGUGCCCUGGGAGUUUGGUGACGUGCUUCCCGACUACGUGCUGGGCCAGAGCACCUGUGCCCUGUUCCUCAGCCUCCGCUACCACAACCUCCACCCGGACUACAUCCACGGGCGGCUGCAGAGCCUGGGGAAGAGCUUCGCCCUGCGGGUCCUGCUCGUCCAGGUGGACGUGAAAGAUCCACAGAAGGCCCUCAAGGAGCUGGCUAAGAUGUGCAUCCUGGCCGACUGCACCCUGGUCCUUGCCUGGAGCCCUGAGGAGGCCGGGCGGUACCUGGAGACCUACAAGGCCUAUGAGCAGAAGCCGGCCGACCUCCUGAUGGAGAAGCUGGAGCAGGACUUCGUCUCCCGGGUGACUGAAUGCCUGACUACUGUGAAGUCAGUCAAUAAAACCGACAGCCAGACCCUCCUAACUACUUUUGGGUCUCUGGAACAACUCAUAGCUGCAUCACGGGAAGAUCUGGCUUUGUGCCCAGGCCUGGGGCCCCAAAAGGCCCGGAGGCUGUUUGAUGUCCUACACGAGCCCUUCUUGAAGGUGCCCCGGUGACCCCAGCUGCCAAGGACACCCUCACUGUAGCAAUAAAGCAUUUCCCAGGCCCAG